UUGGCAGAAAAACUAGAGAGACCACUUCUCGAAAGUUUGUCUCGCCAACCUAAACUUCCCAAUCCGCCACAACAUCGCGGCGAAAGCACAGACGAGGAUCAUCAGCACAUCAGAAAUAAGAGAAGAGGUGGAAGAAGAAAAUUACCGAAAUCAGUGAAUUGUCAACUCUUUCAAAAGAACCAACCUAUGCAAAUCGGCGCCUACAACAGCUAUCGUCUGUAUUGUCAACACCUUUACAAACUGACACCAGUUGUGUUUCGGCUGCUGAGAGUGAGUCCACACUGCGUUCAUCAUUCCCUACAGCAACUUGUUCUGCAAAUAGUACUUUUCAAAGCAAUCAAAGUGUUUCAGAUCUUUUCUCAACUGUGA